AUGGACAACGAUUUCCUACCUGAACCGCCUCCCGCUACGGGAUACAAGAAUGACCUGGCUUCGGAAUACUUCAGCACCUUCAACCAGAUAUGCGAUAAUUACAGAGAUUCGGACGUUAAUUUACGCCAGACAUCCGAUUCGUUGAGGAUAUCCUCGGAAAUACUAGAUGGAGGUAGAGAAUUUAUAAGUACGGACUUCAUCAGUAGAAAAGAGAGUGGAUACGAGUAUGAGAGGUUCUUGAAUUCGAAGGACGAACAGAUAUUUCAGUUCGGUCAGCCUGAUGCGUCAGCUUUAUUGAGGCAUAGAGCCAGGAGGAGGUUCAAUGAGGAACAUGGAAUCCAACAGCCAGGGGCCACCAGUCAAGAGAGUGGGUACGGCAGCGAUGAGUUCGGUCACGAUUCCCCCUCCAGGUACGCGUCCCCCAAGGGCGCGGGCGCCAGCGCGGGGUACCAGGAGCCCUACUACGGAGAGUGGUCCGCGGGGUACUACCAGCCACCGCCGCCCUACCAUCAUGAUCCGUACGCUACGUCGCCGGGUAUAUCAGGCGCGGCCACGGACCCGUCGGCCGGUGGUGCGGAGCUGCCUCUGCCUCCCAUGUCAUCGUUCCGCGCCGCCGCUCCCGUACACUCACCAAGUGACCCCAUGAUAGUCGCCAAGCCUCCCAUGCAACCGAUGUACGCGGGGUCGGCGACCACCCCGUCAGCCCCCGGCGAGGGCGGAGCCCCGGGGCCCGCGGGUGCCGGCAGCCUGUCGUCGUACUCGUCCCCCUCCACGCCGGUCCACUCGCCGCCCCCGCUACACGCGAGGCUGUACCCCAUGAAGCACUCGCCACACCAUCAUCACCACCAUAACGGACAGCAAGCGAACUGGGUAUCAACGGGUGUAUCAUCUCCACCGACAGCGGCAACGCCACACGCGCCCCUCACGAGUGCUGUACUCCCCAACGGACACCAGCACGUCGUGUUCCCACCUGUUAUGGGCGCGCCCGCUGAACAACGACAGCUAGACGAGGCCAUGGUGUUCCUGAGAGAGCAUUCAGACGUCGGGGGCGCCCGUAUGGAGGAGCGUCUGGACGAUGCAAUCAAUGUGUUAAGGAACCACGCGGAGGCGCCCGACAUGUACCCGCAGGAUCACCACGUGCAGCCGCCUGGCGCGGUAAGUCGCGUGGGCGCGUUGUCACACCUCCACGAGCCGCCCGUCAAGAUGGAGAGGCAUCUCAUGGCGAAUACUAAGAAGCGUAAAGAGCCUCCAGACUCCGGGUUGGACUCAAAGCCUUCUUCGUCAGGGUCGGACGCUCUCAGCAAGCCGCCGGGCGGGAAGAGGUCUAGGAGAUAUGUGAACAGCUGCUCGUCCGCUGAUGAAGACGAGCUCGACCCGGACGCCAAGGCCGCGCGCGAGAGAGAGAGGAGGCAGGCCAACAACGUGCGGGAGCGGAUACGUAUAAGGGACAUCAACGAAGCGUUGAAGGAGCUGGGCCGCAUGUGUAUGACGCACCUCAAGAGUGACAAGCCGCAGACCAAGUUGGGCAUAUUGAAUAUGGCUGUAGAAGUUAUUAUGACGCUGGAGCAGCAAGUCAGAGAACGCAAUCUAAACCCUAAGGCGGCGUGUCUCAAGAGGAGGGAGGAGGAGAAGGCGGAGGACGCGCCCAAACUGUUGGCGGCGCCCAUACACCACUACCAGCCUGUUACGGGCAUGGGAGGAGCCCCACCGCCCGCGCCGCCGCAAUAG